AUGCCUAGUCUAGUGGUAUCUGGAAUAAUGGAAAGAAAUGGGGGCUUUGGAGAACUAGGAUGUUUCGGGGGAAGCGCAAAGGACCGAGGGCUGCUGGAAGACGAGCGCGCCCUUCAGCUGGCUCUCGAUCAACUCUGCCUCCUGGGUUUGGGGGAGCCCCCCGCCCCCACGGCGGGCGAAGACGGGGGAGGUGGGGGGGGCGGCGCCCCCGCGCAGCCGGCCGCCCCCCCGCAGCCGGCCCCUCCGCCGCCGCCCGCGGCGCCCCCGGCCGCCCCGACGGCGGCCCCCGCGGCGCAGACGCCCCAGCCCCCCACCGCCCCCAAAGGGGCGAACGACGCCAAGCUCUGCGCUCUCUACAAAGAGGCCGAGCUGCGCCUGAAGGGCAGCAGCAACACCACGGAGUGUGUACCCGUGCCCACCUCCGAGCACGUGGCCGAGAUCGUGGGCAGGCAAGGAUGCAAGAUUAAGGCUCUGAGGGCCAAGACCAAUACCUACAUCAAGACGCCUGUGCGGGGCGAGGAGCCGGUGUUCAUGGUGACAGGGCGGCGGGAGGACGUGGCCACAGCCCGGCGGGAAAUCAUUUCAGCAGCCGAGCACUUCUCCAUGAUCCGCGCCUCCCGCAACAAGUCAGGCGCUGCCUUUGGUGUGGCCCCUGCUCUGCCAGGUCAGGUGACCAUCCGUGUGCGGGUGCCCUACCGCGUGGUGGGGCUGGUGGUGGGCCCCAAAGGGGCAACCAUCAAGCGCAUCCAGCAGCAGACCAACACGUACAUUAUCACACCAAGUCGUGACCGCGACCCAGUUUUCGAGAUCACGGGUGCCCCGGGCAACGUGGAACGGGCGCGCGAGGAGAUCGAGACACACAUUGCCGUGCGUACAGGCAAGAUCCUCGAAUACAAUAAUGAAAACGACUUCCUGGCGGGGAGCCCCGAUGCCGCUGCACUUGAUAGCCGCUAUUCCGAUGCCUGGCGGGUGCACCCGCCCGGCUGCAAGCCCCUCUCUACCUUCCGGCAAAACAGCCUGGGCUGCAUCGGCGAGUGCGGAGUGGACUCUGGCUUUGAGGCCCCGCGCCUGGGUGAGCAGGGAGGGGACUUUGGCUAUGGCGGUUACCUGUUUCCAGGCUAUGGCGUGGGCAAGCAGGACGUGUACUACGGAGUGGCUGAGACUAGCCCCCCGCUGUGGGCGGGCCAGGAGAACACCACGCCCACCUCGGUGCUCUUCUCCUCCGCCUCCUCCUCCUCCUCCUCUUCCGCCAAGGCUCGGGCUGGCCCCCCCGGCGCGCACCGCUCUCCUGCCACCUCCGCUGGGCCUGAGCUGGCUGGACUUCCCAGACGCCCGCCGGGAGAGCCUCUCCAGGGCUUCUCUAAACUUGGCGGGGGCGGCCUGCGGAGCCCCGGCGGCGGGAGGGAUUGCAUGGUGUGCUUUGAGAGCGAAGUGACUGCUGCUCUUGUGCCCUGCGGACACAACCUGUUCUGCAUGGAGUGUGCAGUACGCAUCUGCGAGAGGACGGACCCGGAGUGUCCCGUCUGCCACAUUACAGCAACGCAAGCCAUCCGAAUAUUCUCCUAA